CUGAAAAUGACAACGAAACGAUCAUGGAAACUUCAAGAGUUUGUUGCCCAUGGGGCCAACGUGAACUGCCUUGCUCUAGGUCAGCAGAGUGGACGUGUGAUGGUGACCGGUGGAGAUGACAAAAAGGUCAACAUGUGGGCAGUGGACAAGCCCAACUGUAUCAUGAGCCUUUCUGGCCAUACUUCCCCCGUGGAAUGUGUCAGGUUCAACAGUAAUGAAGAGCUUGUGGCCGCAGGGUCGCAGUCUGGCUCACUCAAGAUUUGGGACCUGGAGGCUGCCAAAAUUAUCAGAACACUAACCGGCCACAAGAGUAACACAAGAAGUUUAGACUUCCAUCCCUACGGAGACUUCGUGGCGUCAGGCUCAGUGGACUUGAACAUCAAAUUGUGGGACAUCAGGAGGAAAGGCUGCAUCUUCACUUACAAAGGCCACACUGGGCCCAUCAACUGCAUCCGCUUCAGUCCCGAUGGACGUUGGAUUGCGUCGGCAUCGGGGGAUGGGCUCGUUAAGUUGUGGGAUCUGACUGCUGGCAAGCUCCUACAUGACUUCAAGCUGCAUGGAAGUUCCGUCAAUCAUGUUGAGUUCCACCCCAAUGAGUUCUUGCUAGCUACAGGAAGCGCAGACAAGACUGUAAAAUUCUGGGACUUGGAGACCUUUGAACUUGUGUCGUCUACCGUUCCCGCUGCUUCCGACGUUAGGGUGCUCGUCUUUCACUCCGAAGGGAGCUACCUGUACAGCGGCAGCCAGGACAUGCUGCACGUCUUCGGAUGGGAGCCUGUCUGCUGCUUUGACACGUUCUCCAUGGGUUGGGGCAGGGUAGCAGACAUGGCUGUGGCCUCCUCUCAGCUAAUCGGUGCUUCAUUCAAUCAAACCAACGUGUCUGUGCAUAUCGUGGACCUUGAGAGAGUCAACAAAACCCGGGGAGUUUCGAUACAGCAGCUGCAGCAGGGACAGCAAGCGGGCACCAACCAGGGGCAGAAGCCAGUAUCCGCUGCGCCGUUGUCAGCCAGUGGGAGGCGGAGCUUCAUCACAGACAGACCCCCGACGACAUCAACGAAGCAGAGGGAGCCUGAGAUUAAGUCAGAGGCACAACGGGAUUCACCGACUCAAGACGAUAAGGAGGAUGACUCUGCCUCCUCCGCGGACAUCAAAGACCCGGUUAACUAUGACAGUAUAUUCCACCCCAAGAAGAGAUUAUCACGGUCCCAACAAGGGGCCAACCAUUCCCAGCCCCUCUGGACGACCAGCAGCCUGUCCCAACGCAGCCUCCUGCAUCACAACCCAAACAAACCAGCCAGUCACCGCCAGCCCCCGCGCAGCCCCAGCCGAAGCCAGGAGCCAGACCACAACCUACAGCAGCAGCGGCACCAGAACCGGCCCCGCCUCCACAACCAGCCAGAUGCUGCACCGCAGCGGGCAGCCAAGGCACCGGACACCAUCGUACCCUCAGACAGACAGGCACCUGCAGGCUUGGACAUGAACGCCUUCUUGCCGCAAAACAUGCGGGGGGCAGGUGGAGACCAGAAGAGCCGAGCCAAGGAGACAGAAGCGGAGGCGCUGGAUUCGUUAAUGAGGGGCCACAGCUCUAUGUGCGCCGUGCUUACCAGCAGGAACAAGAACUUGGAUGUUGUGCGGGCUAUAUGGACGGCGGGAGACAUUAAGACUGCCGUAGAGUCUGCCGUCAACAUGCGAGACCAAGCAAUCAUUGUAGAUCUACUAAACAUCAUGAAUAUUAAAAAGUCAUUAUGGAGUCUAGAUUUGUGUGUGAUUCUUUUACCUAAAAUCAAGGACCUAUUAACUAGUAAAUAUGAAAACUAUGUCCAUUGUGGGUGUGCAUCACUGAAACUGAUUUUGAAGAGCUUUACUAGUCUCAUCAAGUCCAACAUCAAGACGCCACCCUCAGGUGUCGACAUUUCCAGGGAGGAGAGAUACCAGAAGUGCAAAAAGUGUUAUGGGUACCUCCUGGCAGUGAGGACUAUCGUGGAGGACAGACAGCACGCUGCCGGCAAGGUUGGGAGCACCUUCAGGGAGUUACAGCUGUUGCUAGCUCAGCUUGACUGAGGGCGGAAUUCACUCUUGACAUCUAGCCAGUUGCCCCCCUGAGACUCAUGCACCUUCCUUCGUUUCUCGUCAGCAAUACGUCUUGUUUUUUUGUUUUUUUAUUUGCCCUCGGCCAUCCACUCAGUUUGUCUGAUGCAUUCUUUGUUUGGAAAAAGGAGCAAGAUGGGGCAGUCUGAUGCUGAAUGUUUCCAGUCGAGAGUCAGAAGUCUGUUUGUCUCCGCAUCUGACCAUCGCUGCUCGGUCAUGCAUGUCACCCGUGUUCUGACAGCAAUUUACUGAGGAACUUGGACUCGCUUGAAGUCAACUCUCAUUUGCUUAUGCUGUUCUGCCAAAUUGUGCAUCGAAUAAAAGUGCAUGCCUCCCACGUGGACUACUUAGGGAACAUUCAUGUCGAUUUCAUGCCGAGACAAAUUGCAAGCCACUGACAUCUUUACAACCCUCAGGUUGUGGAGGGAAAGUAAAUUGCGUUGAUAACUAGCACAAUGUUUGGUUCGAGUACAGGAUGGCAGGCAUAUAGUGCUUUGUGUGAUUGUAUUUUUUCUAUAUUCUGUUCGUGGACCAACCCUCAAAAGUAUUCCAAUUUUACAGUUUUGCUCCUUAAGGACCCAACCCCAGUAUUCAAAAGCUCUGGUUGGGCUCCAAUUUUGUGUAAAUAAUAGUGUGUUUUUUAUUCGUCCAAGUCUUGUACUGUUUGGGGCAAAAGGUGUCCGGAUGUCAUAAACUUUGACUUCAUGGAUGCAUGAUGUCAUUUGCUAAUAUUCACCUCGAACUCAUCUGUCCAAUCCAGGCCUUUGUUAGAGAACAUGCAAGGCACAUUUAGUGCAGUUUGUUUGUUUUUUUUACAGGGCAACUGAUUGGAUGUUAUGUUUCCUUUUUAUCAUGCCCAGCUGAUCUCUUUCAGGUAUUUAAAAUAUGUAUUCUGUGCCUUACACACAUACCAUUAAGUUUUGAUUCGGAAACUUGGUUUUGGGCAAGCGAUAAUUCCAUGGACCUGGAGGUCCAUUUAACUGUAAAUAGUAUGUCUGGUAAGGUUACACUUCUCAUAAAGCCAAAUUCAAAUUCAGUAGUUUAUAUGACCUGAAUUGUACGCAAAAUACUGCAGCAGUGUGUUGUGGUGUCACCUACCUGCAGCAAUAUUUGUUAGCUGAAUUCUGUGUGGAGAUUUUGCUAGGACUCCAUAUUAUUCUAACCUUGGAGGUAUACAUGCCAUAUUUGUCAAUGUAUGCAAAUUUGUUCAUAGAGAAUUUUUUUUAGCACGUAUAAGUAAAAUAUGGGCAGUAGUGAGGAACGUAAAUCUUAUGUUAUCAGAAGGUUUUCCAGUCCCCAUAUUUAUUUUACAUGUUUGUCACUUUUUCGGGGAGCGUCUGGAAUGCAUCACGUGUGAUGAAAUAACAAUUCCGUCUGUGAGGAUUUUUUUUUCAGUA